CUGCAAUAUAGAAAACUCAAGGGCCUAAAAGCCACCCUUUCUGACGUCCUAGAAGCAGUCUCUACCUCCGAUAAGCAAAGAUUUGGCCUUCUAUAUAUCCCAGGUCAACCUACCUCAGCUGAGAUAAAGGCAACAGAAGAGGCAACCACAGGUGAUGGAUCCUCUCUUUCAACUGCUACCAGUCAGGCACUCGCUGCGAAUGACCCGGAUCCGAAUAAUUACCUGAUCCGUGCGCGACAAGGACAUAGCAUGAAGUGUAUCGACGCCGCUUCGCUACUCACACCACUGACCCUCUCUGAAAAUCCUCCUGUCUCCUUGCCUGAUACUGUUGUUCAUGGAACCUACCACGCUACAUGGCCAAAGAUACUUCAAAGCGGUGGGCUGAGGUGUAUGGGAAGGAAUCACAUACAUUUCGCCAGUGGCCCAUCUAUAAGUACAAUCCUGCCUAAUGGGAGAUAUGGAGAGGUCGCAACUCCUUCAACCAAAGGCCGAGGACAGGAUGGCGUAAUUUCUGGGAUGAGAGCAGAUGCUCAGAUACUGAUAUAUAUUGACCUUAAGCGUGCCUUGGCUGCUGGGUGUCCAUUCGGCCUAAGCGAGAAUGGCGUGAUUUUAAGUGAGGGUAUGUCUACCGAUGGGACCGAAGACAAGAAGAUUGGACUUGAAUUCUUCGACAUCGUGGUCGAAAGAAAGAACGGCUUGGGCGUAUUGUGGGAGAACGGAGAACUGGUGAAAGAGUCACCAGACUGGAUGUUAAACGCAAAAGCCCCAGCAGGAAAAGGUGGACAGAAGGGGCAGGGCGGGAAAGGUAAAGGCAAAGCCCCACGGUUGAAGGUAGAGAGAGACACGGAUCAUAUAGACGAGGAUUGA